GACCUGCAGGCGUCUCCCGGCUACCCGACCCGGUUCAAGGGCUUCUACACGAUUCGGGGCUUUGUGCUGGCGACAUGUCGAAGAAGCAGAUUGACCUGGCGCAGCAGAAACGAGUGCCGGAUGACAAUGAGGGGCUCAGUCCGCAAAAGGCGCCCAGAACUGGGGGGACGGUGGCCGCGAGUGUGACGGCGGAAGAGCUGCAGGCGAUGCUGAGCCAGCAGACUGCUCAGCUGCUUCAAGCUCAGGAUAGUGCUGUUACACGUGCUGCAGCGCGCUUCGAGGCGGUGGUCGAUGAGAAGGUUGGCAAGACGAACGAGAGGGUUUCUGACCUUGAGCGCAAGCUGGGAAACAUGGAGGCCAAACUAGGUCAGCUCCUUCAGGGCGAAGGAUCGGUCUCGAGCGGCAGGGUUGAGAAUGAUGACCAGGCAAGGCGGCAGCGAACGCUCAUCUUCGGCGGGUGGGCCAGGGAGACCAGGCGUGGAGAUUUGUUGUCUGAGCUCAAGACUGCCCUGUCUAAGUUGGAUGUGGAAGGCCUCUUGGAUGCGCCUCCCUUCACGACGGGGGUUCGCAGGAGCAUGGCAUUGGCUUCUUUCGCGGAAAGGCGAGGGGAAUCCUACGGCCACAUGCGAGCGAGGAUGCAGCAGGUCAUCCGUGCCUUCGCAGAAGCCGAGGUCUUGGGUGUUCAAGGGCGGAAGCUGUGGUGCAACUGGUCCAAGAGCCGCUUGGAAAGGAUGCACAGCUCUCAUGCCUCGUGGGUUAAAAAAGGGAUUGCCGGGAUCGACGAGAGCAAGCUACCAGACCUUGAAGUGGAAUGGAACCAAGGGAACGUCUGGACCUCUCAGACCGACCUCGAUACCAAGGCAUGGGUGAACAUCAAGGCUCUCUCCGAGGCAAGUCGGCUGAAUGCUGGUGACAUGAGCUUCGCAGUGUACGGCUGGAACAUCGGAGGGGCUGACUUCUGUGAAGUGCCGAAGGCACUUCGGGAUUGCACUGACGGAGGCCUGGAAAAAGGAGACCUUAUUGUGUUGCAGGAGUUCCCUCGAAGCAAGGCGGGAUGGAGCAGUGUUACAAUCUCUGGUUUCAAAGUGGUGACCUAUAGGGACAAGGACAUGUGGAGAGGUAUUGGGGUGGCCUUUGACGCGACGGUGUGGAACGUCAUUAGUAGACGGAGCACUGGUCGUGGGGUAUGGGUCCACCUUCGACACCUUAGCAGUGGACAGUCCAUUUGGGUCAGCAGCGCACACUUCAGUCCAGGGGUCACACAGGGCGAGUACGAGGGAGAAGUGGAGGAACACUUUAAGCACAAGCCGGCCAGGUCUCCUACGGUCAUUUUCCAGGCAGACCUCAACAGCAGUUUCAGAUGGGUAAGGGAGGGUGAGAGGGUCGAAGCAACAGGGCGAGACGGCAAGGCCGACAUUUUGGCAAGGUACGCGGUGGCGGCUGGGCUCGAUUUCGUCCCGCCUUCCAGGGCCCAGUGGGAUACACCAACUAGUCGACCACGUCAGGAGGGGCGAACCGGGAAGCAGAUCGACUACCUGUUGUGUUGUGGAAUCCGCAGAGGGCAGUCAACCAUACACGUGGAUUCAUGCUAUCGCACGGGGUCGGAUCAUGAGUCUCUCAGUGCUAUCUUCACGUUGCGUAUGCCAAGGGUCAUUGAGCGGAGCAACACAAGACCGAGGGUGUGGACAGGGUUUCGCGGUGUAAUUACAGACAUGGACCAGCAGAUUGUCGAGAAGAUGGCGAGAGAGUGUACCAAACCGAGACCGGGGAGUGGCUACAGGGACCCCGAUGAGGUGAAACAAGCCUUUAAGCGUGCCAAAGUCUCCAAGACGGGUGAGGCGUGGAAGAAGGCUCUCAACAUGAGGAAGGGUGCUCGGAAGGUAUGGGAGGCGGACAGAUUGAAGAGAGCAAGUGAGGGAGACUGGCAGGCGCGCAGAUCGUGUAGGCCUAAACGAAAUGCCGGGUGGGAUGACGCUUUCGCUGAAGCACAGCAGGGUGAUCCUCAUGAGAUGGUCCACAAGCAUUUGGAAGGGGUGUAUGCUGGGGAGCAGCCGGACAAGGAGCUUUACAAACACAGGGGCGAGGUGUCAUGCUUCUCUGUGGAGGAGAUGAGAGAUGCCAUGACCCUUUUGAAAGCGCACAAAGCGGUCGGGUGCGACCUCACGUCACGUGAGUUGCUAGUUGGUAUCAUGGAGGCCCCUGGCGGUGAACAGCACAUGCUCGAAUGGUUCAACAGGGUGUUGGUCAGGCAAGAGGUUCCACAACAAUGGAAUGAGCCUUUGCUCGUUAUGCUUCCAAAAGUGGCGAUGCCAACCCGAUGCAAACAACUUCGGCCGAUUGCAAUGGGGAGCGCAGUAGGCAAGCUCUUUGCAAGGAUGCUCUUGACUCGGACCGCAAGCGCUCUCUCCCCCCGAACGGCGUCCCAGUGUGCUGCACCGCACCGUCAAACUGCUGAUUUUCUUUUCAGCGUACAUCGCAUUUUUGAGUUGACCAGGGAAUGGGGCUCUCAAUUGUGCAUGGUAAAGGUUGACUUGAACAAGGCGUUUGACUGUGUUGAUCGGUCGGUGCUCCUGCGAAGGUUGUCCGAGCAAAUGGGCUCCUGUGCCGAAAUGGGGUGCUGGGCUGCGCUUAUGACGGAUGUGGCUGGGACCCUCCAAACCCCAUGGGGGAUGUCUAAGCUUGAUAUGCCGUCUGGUAUUAAGCAAGGUGCCGUUGAAAGCCCGUCAAUGUUUGGUUUCGUGGCAGAACUGGCCCUGGAGGAUGCCAAGGUGCGAUGCAGAUGGGAUGCCAGGGACAAACUUUUCCAGGGGAUGGGGGAGGAGGAAUGUUUGUUCAUGGAUGAUGGUUGCCUCUGGAGUAAAGGGGUACAUGCCAUGCAACAGAAGCUUGCCGAAUACUCCACACACCUUCGUGCUUUUGGCCUUACCAUCAAUAUGAGCAAGUGUCAGAUGUAUUGUGGGCCUCGAUGCAAAGGACCCCACAGGUUGAGGCUCGAUGGACAGGACCUUUCGGCAUCACCGGCGCUCGAGGUCAUGGGCCUCCAGUUCAGGGUUGGGGGGACUACCAUGGAAAUUGCGACGGCACUUGCAACGAGGGCAAGGAAUCGCUUUUGGGAGAUCCAACAUGUUCUUCGAGCAAAAGGGGGGCUUAGCAGGCGGAUAUCCACAAUGCAACGCACAGCAGGCCAAGCGGCCUUGUGGUGCCUCAGCGCAAUUGCUCCGGAUGCCGGAGCCAUGGGGUGUCUUUCAUGUUUUUCAUAUGUUGCCGCCGUGACGGCGUGCCUGAGUGGAUCCCUGGAUCCGUCGCACAGCUGCCUUUUGCAGCGCACAGUGAAUGCCGCUGAUGCUUCCCACCAUGUUCCGCACGAUUCCCCGCAAGAUCAUCAAGCUGGGCGGAAGCACGACCCCGCGAACCUCGUCGGUUACGCGAUUCGGGAGGAUUUUGAGCAGGUGAAUGAUCUUCUCCGAGAAAGGGUACAGCCGGCGCGCUCCAGUGAAGCACAGGACCCUCCGAAUGGCUGCCUUUUGCAGCGUGCGCUUGACGCCCGCGAUGCUCUCCGCCAUGUUCCACACGAUUCCCCGCAAGAUCACCAAGGUGGGCGGAAGCACGACCCAGCAAACCUCGCCGGUUGCGCGACUCGGGAGAAUGAUGAACAGGUGUCUGAUUUGGUCCGCCAGAGGGUGCUGUUCCAGCGACGGCAGAGAUGCCAAAGUUGCCUCGUGUAUGUCCCCACGGAUACCGAUGGCCCCCACAUCCAAGAAACCUCGGAGCAAGGGAUCAGUUUCUUUCAGGGCAGUGUGGUGCUUCGACAGGGACAAAGGGAGAUCACGUGGGAGGACCUGAUGGAGGAGUUCUGGGGCUGGUUUGAACAAGGUCUCGCAGUGCAUGAGGCAGUGGGAAUGGCAGUGCCUUGCAUUCAGAACCGAGACCAUGAGGGGUACCAGACAUGGGCCAUCCAGGAACUGCUCCGCUUCAGUCAGGGCAUACCGGGAUGUGAUGGACGGCCUUCGGCGGAAACCUCACCAAGGCUCUUUGCCUUGUGGGCCAGGCACGUGGAUGGGCUGCUGUGGCAGAUCUUCGCACAGGAGGAACAGACCACCCUCACCUCUACAUCGCUCGCAACAAGGGAAGUGGGGAGGCCCGCCGAUCCGAACCCGGAGGAUGGCCACAUGGCGUGGCUUCGGCGAGUGCGGCAACAAUACCUGCGCUUGCGAGCAAAUGGCUUUGGCAAGGAGGCUAGGCAGGCCCUUCGUGAACGUCUGCGCCCUUGCGGGGACUCAGUGCAGGUGAGUGCUGGACAGACACUUCCGGACAUCCUCGGCAGAUCUGAUGACGACCUCGACCCCCACUACGAAGGGGAUCUCACGGAUGUGGAGAGUUGGGUCGCCGACGUGAUGACGGGCUGGCAAGAGAGGGCUGCUCGAGACCCGGAACCACCCCGCGAGAGUCCACCGAGGCUGCCUCCGCGGAGGCAUCAGGCGGCCUCCUCUUCGGAAGAGCUGCCCUUCGGGAUAUUUCACGCAGCGCACGUUUGGCCAGAUGGAAGCUGGUCUACUGCCGGGGACAUGACGGCUAUGGGUUUCGAGGGCUACGAUUAUGCAGAGCCGCGAGCGUCCACGGACACAAGACCAAGGUCGCGAUCUCCCAGGCGGGAUGGAAAUGAUGGGGAAGCAGAGGCGGACUCGCAGUCCUUGAUGGGUCUGUGGAUGGUGAUGAUUCCCUUGUGCCGGACCGUUGACGUCCUGCCCGAUGCGGACAAUGGACCUCUCUGGUACAGGCACAUCCACGCAGAAGGGAUCCUCCUGGUCCGUAGAGGCGCAGAUCCCGUGGAAGUGGGACGCAGGUUGCUGGCCCAGUUGCAGGCGGUGGAGGACGACCGCUUUGCGAGGGAGGCCUUCAGGUGGAUCAAUGGGGUUAUUCAAGCAGCACACGAGGAAGGUGAACUGCAGUGGCGCAGGGAUGCAAGAGCUGUUCCGGGAGACAGAGAACUUGAUAGAUGGUGCCGAGAGACGGUUAGUCUCGUCCGAUUCCAGUGGUUCAGGAGGACCUGCCCCGUUGCCAUGCUCAACAGGGAGCUGGAACGAGAUCUCGCAAAUGAGGGGUAUCCCGACACCAGGUGUCCACGGCACAACUACAACGAUGAGGCAAGGGAGAGGCGAGGCCUUUCCUGGUCUCGAUCGCGGACACCUCAACGCCACUUCCCGGAGCCUCCCGCUCGCAGUGACGACAGUGACGAGAGCGGUCUCAUGGAGCACGGUCGACGAGUUCACCGCGGACGAGGAGACUCGUGGGACAGAGAGGGGGAUGACAGCAGGGAUGAUGGUCGUGACGACCGAGAUCGCAUCAAUCCAAGGUGGCUCAAGCGACCGAGCGACUCCACUGCGGAGCGACGACCCAAGGCCAAGGCGAGACCUCAGCCCAAGGUGUGUGUGACUGAGGAGGUGAGACGCUUGCAACCGUUGCCGAGACGACCGCCGAGAGAGAGAGGCUCCGGGUCAACUGAUCCAGCGCCGGCUGCGGGUGCCACUCCGACGGCGGCAGAAACAGCAAGGCUUCAGGAGGACCAUGCAGUGGACGCGUGGCGCUUUCUGCUUGGCAUGGACACACAGUCCUUUGAGGAAGGGAUUGAUGUCAUCCCGGCGGGGCGGGCCCUUCUUCCCGAGUACUCGUCUGAGAUGAUCACCGAGAGCAUUGCCAACUAUAACAUGCACGAUAGGGCGAUACUCACCACCGCCUUCCUUCGCUUCCUCAGGCUCCUCAUGGUGGAAGUGAUGCAGGCCUUCGAAAGAGGGGUUGCCGCUGGGGAGGCCAGACGAAGGUCGGAGGUUCUGGUGGACGUCGAGGUGGAGCAUGAAGCACAUCCCGAUGAAGAUGGUGAUGGCUCUUCGUUUGUGCAAACAACAGCGCCUGGCCGGUUUUCGGCUGGGCGCCAUGACCCUCGGGACUCCUGGUUCGCGCGUCUUCGUGGGCUGCAAGAAGCCUUGGGAGGACAAUCGCCAGCAGAACGCAAUGCCAAUGCGGAGGCGCUCUUGGCGCGACUUCAUCGGACGCAGGAAGUGCAAGAGCAACAACGAGAGGAUCUGGUCGCCGUCUUGGUGGCCAUGCAAGAAGAGACGUGUCAGGAAGUCGCGGGCGGUGACAUCCAGUGGCAACUGGCUUGGUGGGGAAGCUUGUUUGGAUCGCCGGAGGGAGCAGCACGGGGUUCCGGAAACCAAACCGGGAUCCGGAGACCAUGCCCGGAGCGAGACAUGACGGACGCAGACAUCCAGGACAUGGCAGCAGAGGAAGCUAAUGCCAGAGAUGAGCGGGAGCAGCUUCUACGACGGCAGGCUCUGGAGCAGGAGGACCAGGAAAUGAGAGACCAGGCCUACCUGCAGCACCAGCAGAACCUGCUGACGGGCGACUCGGGGGUACAACGUCAUCUCUCAGCCCAGGAAUUUAGGGCCUGGGAGGACUGGGAGUGGGCUAAGAUCAUGGAGAAACCUCCCCAGGACCGGAAGAGACGAUCACUCGUGAUCUCCGUUGGCGGGACGAUGGGUGAUGGAGGACCAUGGCUCAGCAAGCAACUGCGGCUGCCUUGUGGCAGUGGGGAUCGGUUGCCUUCCCUGCGCCUGGACAUGCACCUCGAGACGGAGGAGUGCCCAGAGGAUGUGGAGACCUACAUCGUGCCUGGCCAACCGCAGCCUGCUGGAGAGCAAGGCACAGGUGUGACGCCUUGCACGGACCUGGAGCGCAUGCCAACGACACCUGGCUCGGACGGUGAGCCGCCUGUCGUCCUGGCUGGUGAAACCGGGGCCCGGGAGAGUACUCAGCUUGAUGUGGACACUGACACUGGUGGAGAUGGCGGUGGCCUUCAGAAGCUUGAGUUCGCAGACUACGAGUGUCUCUAUGAGCAGUGGAAGUGUGGAGCCAUCACCAAUGAGGCCGUCGUGCUCAAGGGUGGGAAUGACCUACUUGAUCUUAUGGAAGCUCAGCACAUCGUAGAUGCGGAGGAUAUGCAGAGUACGCAGGUGCUGCUCCAGGGGGCUUCUCCGUCUCCAACGACGUCCACGACCUCUUCCGCUACGCUGGUCAUGGAUGAGGGGGUGGGCCUGCUGAUUGACAUUGAAUCCUUUGAUGAGUGGGUUCAGCAGGACGUCAGCUUGGAUGAUACGACCUCGCCUGAGGUAGAGUCGGAGGGGGAGUGA